GAAGAUUAUGGGCCAGACUGUGAUAGCAUGAGGAUAACGGCUUUCUUGGAUAUUCCUGGACAGGAUAAUUUAACUCCACUGGCUCGCCUAGAAAAAUAUGCCUUCAGUGAUAACAUAUUUAACAGGCAAAUUAUUGCUAGAGGUCUGCUGGAUGUCUUUCGAGAUUUCAGUAAUAAUGAAGAAGACUUCUUGACUCUAAUGGAAAUAGUGGUCAGGCUCUCUGAAGAUGCAGAACCAACUGUACGUACGGAGCUGAUGGAACAAAUACCUCCUAUUGCCAUUUUUCUGCAAGAAAGUCGACCAAAAUUCCCAGCAGCAUUUUUUGAAUACCUUAUGCCCAUAGUAGUGAGGUACCUCACAGACGUUAACAAUCAGGUUCGAAAGGCAGGUCAAGAAGCCCUGCUUAUACUGCUGGAACAAGAUCUUAUUGCUCAGAGUGACAUUGAAAAUAAGGUGUGUCCAGUUCUGUUGGACCUCUCUGCUCCCGACAGUGAUGAUGAGUACAAGGUGGAAGCUGUGAAUAUAAUCUGUAAAAUGGCCUCUAUGCUGAGCAGAACAACAGUUGAGCACAUGCUGCUUCCUCGUUUCUGUGAACUGUGCAGUGACGGGAAGUUGUUUCAAGUCAGAAAGAUUUGUGCAGCUAAUUUUGGUGACAUUUGUAAUGCAGUUGGGCAAGAAGCCACAGAAAGACUGCUGAUUCCCAAGUUCUUUGAACUCUGUUCUGAUAGUGUUUGGGGAAUGAGAAAAGCGUGUGCUGAAUGCUUCAUGGCUGUGUCUUACACCACGUCCCCAGAAGUUCGCAGGAGCAAACUGUCCCCGCUGUUUAUCAGUCUUAUUAGUGACACUUGCAGAUGGGUUCGUCAGGCUGCGUUUCAGUCUCUUGGCCCAUUUAUUUCAACCUUUGCAAACCCUUCAAGUGCUGGUCUUUACAUUCGAGAAGAUGGGACGCUGAGUAUCCGGCCAUCAGCACAAGAUGUAAAUAGCAGUUCCUGUCAGCCAAGCAACAGUGUAACUUUAAUGUCCUCCAGUGCAAAUGCUGUGUCAUCCAGUUCAGAACAACCAGUGGAAAUCAAGACAGAAUCAUUGACCGAGGAGACUUCUAAAGAUACGCGGGAGGAAAGUUCAGAUUGUUGCACUAAUCCUGGAGAACAUGUGUCUCAGUUGUCUCAGGGUGACAAAGUUGCUGCUGGUGUCACUGAAGUCACUAAGGACAGUGGUUUUCCUGGAAUGAACUCAAGGCUACAGUCUGCUGAGGAUGUAUUUAAUACUUUUCUAUACUGGCGCCCUCCUCUGCCUGAUAUAAGUCAGGAUCUGGAGUUACUUCAGUUCAAGACUGAAAAGCACAAAGAUAGCUGCUCUGUGCCACGUAAUAACUGUGUUGCUAGUAGCGAAAUAAAAAAAGUUCUAGAAAGCUUACAGGAGCACAUGGAUGAUCCAGAUGUUCAAGCUCAGGUUCAGGUGUUGUCUGCUGCUCUCCGAGCUGCUCAGUUUGAUUCUGUUGGUGACUAUGAGACCAAGCAAAUGGAAGAAGGCAGUGGCAAACUUCAGAACAAAACUAUUUCAGCUGAAACAGCUGUUCCAGAUGCCACCUGCAGCCAGGUGGAGGAAGAUGGUCUUUCAUGCCCUGCCUCCCAGGAUGAUGUCAGUGAGCAGUCUGCCACCAGCGAACUGAAGAGCACGGACUCACAGGAACAACACGGAGGAACCAAUGUAUUUUUAAAGAAACAGCAAGAAGAUAACCCACCAUUUGAAGAUAAGUCAAAAUUACAGGACAUCAUACCUCAGCCUUUAUUAGACCAGUACUUGUCGAUGACUGACCCAGCUCGAGCCCAGACUGUCGAUACCGAAAUAGCCAAGCACUGUGCCUAUAGCCUUCCUGGGGUGGCCUUGACGCUGGGCAGGCAGAACUGGCACUGCCUGAAAGACACGUAUGAGACGUUGGCCUCUGAUGUACAGUGGAAGGUACGUCGGACACUAGCUUUCUCCAUCCAUGAGCUAGCAGUUAUCCUGGGGGAUCAGCUAACAGCUGCUGAUCUGGUGCCCAUUUUCAAUGGAUUCUUGAAAGACCUGGAUGAAGUGCGCAUUGGUGUCCUUAAACAUCUCUAUGACUUUCUGAAGUUACUUCAUGCAGACAAGAGGCGAGAGUAUCUUUACCAACUUCAAGAAUUUGUGGUGACCGAUAACAGCAGGAACUGGAGGUUUCGUUAUGAGUUGGCAGAGCAGCUGAUCCUGAUACUGGAACUCUACAAUCCCAACGACGUCUAUGACUACCUGAGACAUAUUGCACUAACUCUCUGCUCCGAUAAAGUUUCAGAAGUUCGGUGGAUCUCCUUCAAACUGGUUGUAGCAAUACUACAGAAGUUCUAUGCAAACAAUGCAAAUGCACUGGGAUUAAAUUUCAUUAAUGAACUUGUCGUGCGGUUUCGUCACUGCUCCAAGUGGGUUGGAAGACAAGCUUUUGCCUUCAUUUGCCAGGCUGUAGUAGAAGAGGAAUGUAUGCCCGUCGACCAGUUUGUUGAACACUUACUCCCCAGUCUGUUAAGUCUUGCUUCAGAUCCUGUGCCAAACGUCAGGGUUCUACUCGCUAAGGCUCUAAGACAGACGUUGCUGGAGAAAGCUUACUUUAAAAGUGUGGGCAAUCCUCAUCUAGAAGCUGCGGAAGAGACCAUUCUUGCCCUGCAGUCUGACAGAGAUCAAGAUGUGUCCUUCUUUGCCACCAUAAAACUAAAGCAGGGUAACAUGGACAGUACUACUGCUGAAAAACAAAGCUAA